GCCCCUCCCCCGAUCCGCUGCUCCCGCACCUUUCCGUGCACCAACUGUUCCACAGCGUCGGUCAAAUGCGAGUUCCGCGAGAGCGACUUCAAGCGGCCGCCCGUGUCACGCGAGUACGUCGCGGCCCUUGAGUCUCGCAUCGCCUCGCUCGAGAGCCUGCUGGGCAACCUCAAGGCCGCCGACGGCAACGAGCGCAACCAGAUCCUCGACGACCUCGAGGUCCAGGACUAUGUCCCCUCCUUUUCUGGCCUGCCAUUGGCGGAUGAGAUUGCGCUCAGCGAGGCCAUGACCAAGGCUUCGUUCCAGGAGAUGACUGAUGGCUCAAUGAUCUAUCAUGGACCAACAAGCAUCUAUCAGAACGAGGUCAGCACCUCAAUGUACCCCACCAGCUCAUCCACAGCCUCUAAACCGUCGCCCUUCCACGAAGACAAGGGCAACCUGACCAACUAUACCAUGCGCCUCUGUAUCGGCCUCUUCUUCUACUGGCAGUAUCCCCUCUUCAUGUUCAUUGACAGGGAGGCCUUUAUCCAGGAUUUCGAAGACAACCCCGUCGACGGCACCUUUUGCUCGCCGCCCUUGAUCUACGCCUGUGCGGCCCUGGGAGCGCUCAUGUCCAAGGAUCCGGAAGUCCGGAGUAGGGCUUCGGGGUUCGCGGAUACGGCGCAGACAAUUCUCACGACGGAUGAGCUGGGCAUCUCGAGGCCUACUUCGGUACAGGCUUGGCUGUGUCUUGCGUUUUAUGAAGUCGGGAGGGGUAACAUGUCUAGGGGUUGGUUAUAUACGGGCAUCGCCUUCAGAAUGGGUCAAGACCUCGGUUUGCAGAGAGAUCCUGCUCACUGGGGACAAGAAGAGAAGCCAAACCAGGCCAACUCGUUUCCAUUCAACAAUGAGUUUCGGCGCCGAAUCUACUGGGGUUCCUUCUUGUCAGACAAAUCGUUUAGCCUGUUCUUGGGUCGUCCGACCUUCAUGUACGAGAACGACGCCGAUGUCAAUAUCAGCGAAUCUCUAUCAGCGAACAGACACGACCCGCCUAUUUGGGAAAACUGGCUCUUGUCCCACGACCUUGGCUUUCUCCAAACCAUGGAUCCAGCGGGCCCGAAAUUGACGCUGUUAUUCAACCAGCACAUCGAGUUGGCCCGCAUAGUCCACGACAUGCUAUCCCAAACCUUUGCGCCGAAAAAGAUGAAAGACCCGGCUGCUAGGAGGUGGAACGAAGCAUCCCUGAACAAACUCAACGCCAGGCUCGUCGCGUGGCACGAGGCGCUGCCUACCAAUAUGCGAUGGAAGAAGUGGUUCACCAAUAAGGACAUUCUGCAGCCCAGCGUGUGCAUUCUGCAUAUGUUCUACCACAGCGCCCGCAUCUGCCUCAACCUGCCCUUCCUAGCCUCGGUCCGACACAUCCCCUCCACUGCGAACGGAGAGGAAACUCCCGAAACAGUUAGCAACCCAAUCAUCAAGUCGCUCAGGAUCUGCCAGUCCUCGGCGCAGGGGAUCGCCGACGUCCUGCAGCGCUUCAAGAGCCAGCACACGCUUGGCAACACGCCCCUCAUCUUCGUCGGGGCCACCAUCGUCGCCACGAACGCCGUCUUGGUGACCACGAGACGCCAAGGAGCGGUGUGUGCCGCCGCCGCCGGGCCUCGAGUCGGAGGGAUGCCGCAGUGUAUGAAGGACACGCUGCUGCCCGUGUUUGACAGCGCGCUGGAGGAGAUGUCUACUUCGUGGAAGCUCGCGGAGGAGGCUAGGGCAAAGGUCAAGGUCGCGCUCCAUACGAAGCAGCAAUGUGGACAUGAAGAGGCUGAAGGGCAGCAGCCCGGAAACAUACCAGUAGAGGUUGCUUGUGGACACCCUCAUACCAUGGAGACGGCGGUUGUAGUAGAUCCCGCACUCUCGGUUCCCGUCGAACCUCCGGUGACGACGACGACGACGACGACGACGACGACUACGACGACAUUGAACGACCUGGGCUCAAGCACGGCGACGGCGGAUGUCCCGGGCUUUAGGAGUCCCGAGCAACAAGGCUGGAUGCCGAUGAACGUGCUCGAUGGGGAGGCAGCACUCUGGGGAAACCUUGGCAAUGACAUUUUUGCCGGCUCAGAACUGCAAUUCCUCGACGGCGUGACGGAAUUCGACUGGAACGACCAGCCACCAAUACAGUGA